UAUGUUCCUUUUGUUUUCAUAUUAGGAUAUUUCUGCAUCUGAAGAUAAAGCAAUAAUCUUCUCUGCAGUAGAUGGAUUUUUGUCACUUUCUGUGAAAUAAAGCGAUUCAAUGUCUUUUCUGGAUUGUUUCUGCACUUCACGAACACAAGUUGAAUCACUCAGACCUGAAAAACAGUCUGAAACCAGUGUCCAUCAAAACUUGGUUGAUAAGCCAACCCUUCCCUGGUUGUCUCCAUCUGCUAGACUCAGUGAAGCGGUCUGUUCCACCAACGCUUCUCACUAUGAACUACAAGUGGAAAUAGUUUUAUGUCUGAUUGUAGGAAGAGGCUUUGACAACCUGACUUCUGUCCAUCUUGCACGGCAUACUCCCACAGGAACCCUGGUGACGAUCAAAAUCACAAAUCUGGAAAACUGCACUGAAGAACGCCUGAAAGCUUUACAGGUGACAACACCAGAAAGUAAUGCAUUUAAAGUGCUGUCUAUCCGAGGAGUUACAUCUAAAGCUGUGAUUCUAUGUCACUUUUUCCAGCACCCCAAUAUUACAACUUACUGGACUGUUUUCACUGUUGGUAGCUGGCUUUGGGUUAUUUCUCCGUUUAUGGCCUAUGGUUCAGCAAGUCAGCUCUUGAGGACUUACUUUCCUGAAGGAAUGAGUGAAACUCUAAUAAGAAACAUUCUCUUUGGAGCAGUGAGAGGGUUGAACUAUCUGCACCAAAAUGGCUGUAUUCACAGGAGUUUUAAAGCCAGCCAUAUCCUCAUUUCUGGUGAUGGCCUAGUGACCCUCUCUGGCCUGUCCCACCUGCAUAGUUUGGUUAAGCACGGACAGAGGCAUAGGGCUGUGUUUGAUUUCCCACAGUUCAGCACAUCAGUGCAGCCGUGGCUGAGUCCAGAACUACUGAGACAGGAUUUACAUGGAUACAACGUGAAGUCAGAUAUCUACAGUGUUGGCAUUACAGCGUGUGAAUUGGCCAGUGGGCAGGUACCUUUCCAGGACAUGCACAGGACUCAGAUGCUGUUACAGAAAUUAAAAGGUCCUCCUUAUAGCCCAUUGGAUAUCAGCAUUUUCCCUCAGUCAGAAUCCAGAAUGAAGAAUUCCCGGUCAGGGGUAGACUCUGGGAUUGGAGAAAGUGUACUUGUCUCCAGUGGAACUCGCACAGUAAAUAGUGACAGAUUGCAGACACCAUCCUCAAAAACUUUCUCUCCUGCCUUCUGUAGCUUGGUACAGCUCUGUUUGCAGCAAGAUCCAGAGAAAAGGCCAUCAGCAAGCAGUUUAUUGUCCCAUGUUUUCUUCAAACAGAUGAAAGAAGAGAGCCAGGACACAAUCCUUUCGCUGUUGCCUCCAGCUUAUCAAAAGCCAUCAGUAGCACUGCCUCCAGCACCACCUUGGACUGAGCCAGACUGUGACUUUCCUGAUGAAAAGGAUGCAAACUGGGAAUUCUAGGGCUGCCAAAUCCUUUACAUCCUACAUACUUGACACUUUCUCCCUGCUGCUUUUCUUCUGUAUUUCUAGGUACAAAUACUAGAAUUAUACUUGAAAAUACAGUUGGUGCACUGGAGAAUCUACCACUUAAAACCACUCUAUUCAAAGGAGCAUGAGUUCGUAGCCCCUUUGGUUAGCUCAGUGCUACUACACCUCCAGGGAAACUUCAGAAGGAUUCACCUAGCUAUACUUAGUGUCAUCUAUUCUCAAGUUUUGUUUCUUCCAAAGCUGUGACUAAUUCUUCUUGAUCUCACUAUCAUUUUUGAGCCAUUUAAUUCUUUCAGCAUUUCCUGCCCUCAGGGAAUGUGCCCUCAAAGGACAGUGCUUCCAAAUACAUUUUUUACUUCCAGAUUUUCAAGCCUUUUUGAUAGCUAUUGUUAGACCAACAGGCUAGUUGAUUCUGGCAUCAAACCCUUGUUUGGUAACAGGGAAACAGGUAUACUUUCCCAUUUUCUUGUGUUAAUACUUAUGGCAAUAUCAAACUGAGCCUCACUCACAUUAAAUGAUUCACUUGAAAUAUAUAGAGAAGUUGUGAUUUCCUUUUUUUUUUUUAAGGGGCUAAAGUAACACUUUUCUACUUAUGUAAAUUAUAAAUCCUAAAUUCAUGCAUCCCGUGGGAGCUCAAUAAAGAUUUAUUGAAUUGA